AUGAGCUCACGCCGUGGUGCUAUUUUUGUUCGGUGCUCAAAGCCGCUGGGCAUAUACUGGGACGUGGACGAUGCGGACGUCCUGCCACAUGAGUACUUGAGACUCAUCAGCAGGCGCAUAAGGGAAGGAGGCGGAGACUAUGAACCAUCUAUCGACGCUGCCGAUAUCAUACUUGUAGACCGACAAGCGAUUGCUGCUCGCAGGUAUAUCCAGAAGUAUGGAAGGACGAAGCUAGUCCUCGACGCUGUUAUGCGCAUCCGAGAGGGUGGUGGUGAUUACGAGCCCUUCAUUCAUGAUGCCGAUAUCAUCCUUGUUGACAGGCAUACACCUGCCGCCCGGGAUGUUGGGACCAGCGAUGCUUACUAUGGGAAGAUACCAAUUGGGCAGGUUGUCGACUGGAAUGCAAGGAUCAAGAGCCCGGGGCAAUAA